UUCCCGUCCAGCUCAACAUGUUGCAUAACCACUCCCUGUGGACAAUCUUAACCUCCACCAAUGCGUUCGACAUAAUCCCCAGUGCAGUACUGAACGGCAACGCGAAUCCAGUCUCAAUCAUAAGCUCGCAGGACGAUAAUGCCUCCUCAUCUGCCGGGGUAGUAACCAUCCUGGUUACUGCUGUUGUCGGAUUGUUCACGUCGGUCGUCAUCUUUGUCCACUGUGUCGUGGCCCCUCAAACGAAAGACAAGGACGUGAACCGCCCCAAAGUCAUACCCAUCAUUACUCCACCCUGUGAGAGAAUCAUCGAGGAAGCCGAGCAGAGGAACCGUCGCAACGGUCACGAGAACGCGGGGUUUCUGUCCAAAGAGGCCGGGUUCGCGCCGCUUCAACCUCCAACGAUGCGACUCCCCACAUCGCACGCCGCAUGGGACCAGCUGGCAAGUGAUCUUCCGCGCCUGGUGCAGACCCAGACCGUCCGCGAGACGGUCACGAACGGACUGCCUCUGCUGGACGCCUCGGCCGCCGCCCUGGCGGAUCGAUACCUCCAGCGGGCGGCCAGCAUCCUCGGACUAACCGCCCACGUGUUUGUGCGCAUGGAGGGCAGCGAGCCCCUCACCCUGAAGUACGAGAGUCAUAGCGAGAUCCUCCCGCCCGCCCUGGAGGUCCCCUGGACUAUUGUAUGCCAACGGUUGGGUCGACCGGUCCCGUCUCUGACCUACGUGGACGGGGUGGUUGCCAAUUACCGGCGGUCUUCUAAUGGUAACGAUCUGCAGCUCCUGAUCCCCACCGUCGGCAACCGUGAAGAACGAGCCUUCAUCGGCGUCAUGAUCGCCAUCAACCGGCAAACCACCCCGAUCCUGCAUCAGAUCAUCGAGGCGCAGCGGCAGGUCCUCGCCGGCGAUCCCGCCGCCCUCAAGCGCACCAUCCGCCAGCUGUACUCCCUCCUCAACAAGGUCACCGAAACCCUGGCCCGGCAGCUCCACGCGAACCGCGCGCACCGGGCCCACAUCGACCCCGUGCUGUGGACGCUCACCGUCGCCAACCUCGGCAUCCCGUGGGUGGAGGGCGCGGUCGGCGCCGCCGGCACCGCCCACCCGUUCUUCCACAUGAUGGACGAAUUCACCGGCCGCGCCCAGUACGCCACAGGGAUCGGCCACGAGGCCCAGGUCGUGCGCGCGACGUAUCCGCAGCACUGGCGCCGGUUCCUCGCCGCCCUGCGUGAGGUCUCAGUCCCGGACUACGUGGCGGCCUCCCGGGAUCCGGAGCUGCGCGACCUCUGGGCCGCCCUGGUGGAGGGGUAUCGGGGCAGCAAUGACAGCGGCGGCGGCGGAGGAGGAGGAGGAGGAGGCGGGUUGUUGGGCUUCCAUCGCCGCAAGGUAUUUGGCUUCCUGGCCGUCUCAUUCCGGAUCGGUCGCAGUACUACCAUCAACGGGCUGGGUCGGAGGCGCCGGACCGAGCCGUGGCUCGAGGCGGACCAGGCCUUGGAACAGGCACGUUUGGAACGUCGUCAAGGACCCGAAAACGACAAUCUCCAAAAAUCUCACGUGGUCGUUCCCAACUCGCCGCCACCACCACCACCACCAACAACAAAACCUCUCCCCAUCUCCCAGCUCAUCGUCCACAACUCGCCAGAAACGGGCUACUGGUUCGCGGCCCAAGGCCGGAUCUACGACGCCACCAGUUUCCUCACCAAACACCCCGGCGGAGACACCGUCAUCGCCCUGUGCAGCGGCCAAGACGUCACCGAGAGCCUGGCGGCCGUGGGCCACCUGUCCCACCCGGCAACGCGCCGCAAGCUCGACUCCUUCUGCAUCGGCGCCCUGGCCCCGCCGCCGCCCGGACCCGCCCUCGUGCCGCGGAAGCGCUACCUGGCCGCCACCGCGCUCGGGUUCAAGGCGGCCGAGGUGGAGAACAUCCACCGCACCAAUUUCCAGAUCCUAGACGGACAGCUGACUGGGCUGGACGAAGCCCGGGUGCUCACCCCGCAGAAGGCGCGCCAUCUCCAGAACGCCAGGGCCCGGCUGCAGGACGAGUACAUUCCGGCCCUGGCGGGGUUGUUGGAGGCCCUGCGGGUGGAAGUCUCCUCCCGUCGCAGCCACCGGGGCGGGCAACCGGUGGACGAGCUGGUAGCGCGGCUGACCGCGAAGCGGCGCCGUCCGGAGACGGUGGUGGCUCUGUUCACGGACUAUGCAACCGCCGUCGACAUGUUGCACCGGGAUCUGCGUCGAUUGAGGGAAGUCAAGGAGUUAGUGGCGACGGUGCUGGCAGCGUGGGAAGAAGACGGCGGCCCCGAGGGCUUCUGCGUGGAUGUUGCGCACGAACGUCGGCUGCUGGAAACCACCUUGGAUACUUUGAAGCGGGUAGCAACCGCAUUGGUGGUGCUGGCUGAGAGAUAA